AUGCCUUCAUCAACAUCACCGCAUCCUGACCAACGCGGCGUAGAGCCUCAUCCUGAUAGACCUCGAAAUGUUGACGGGGCAGUGGACUAUGCUCCUCAUCCGGAUAGCUCUUUGCAAAUUUCACCAUCUCGGAGGGUAAUACAACAGAAAAUAAUCAAUCUCUAUUGUGGACAGACAUCAGAAGAGAACAUGCAAGUAUAUGCCGAGAAGGCCAUCUAUGACGACCCUUUUAGCUACUGUGAUACAAGAUACAAGAUAGCAGGCCAGUGGUACGGCCUCCCGAAGCUCUUUUCUAAGCUUGAAUCGUUGGCAACGGAGGUCACAUCUUCGACAGAGCACGAACUCAUUUGGAAACAGAGACAUAAGUAUACAUUUGCAGGUGUCCACAUAUCAAAGUCUGUGGAUAGCCUAGUAUCCUUGAGGCUUGAGGGCGAGGCACCUAAUGAGAAGGUCGUUUACCACAAAGACAUGUGGAAUGAGAAGGAUUAUUCUCAUGAAGGUAUAGGAGCUCUGAUGAAGAAGUUGAAUGGCGACAAGUUAACAGGUAUUACCAAGCCACCUGAAUCUGUCUGA